UGAAGUUGAAAAUAUUGCCAAGACGGCGUAUUCCGUGUCAUCCUUGCAGCCUUGAAGCCUUGCAUGGAUUGAUCGCAGACUUCAGUUGCGACGCGACUUUCACUUUGUGGACUUGCACUUUUUGGCAUCGUGUCUUGCCAAAGUCCAUCGUUUGAUUCUUCCUUCAUCUUCGUUUUUCAUUUCGGACUUGCCUUCUACUCUUCCAUCAUUUGAACUCUCUUCCGUUCAUGUCAUAACUUGAUCCCGACUCCCAACUAACAUGACGGACAAGCUCCCCCCAAACCUCCUUGCGCUCUUCGCGCCGCGUCCGCCUCUCCGGUAUAUGCCACCGUCUGACCGCGCGCCCGAAGAACGAAAAACAGCUACGAUAGUCGGAGUUGCAGCCUUUCUCCCGGCUCUGAAAGAGAAGGAGGCACAGGAGGAUAAGUCGAAAUACACGGAGAGCUGGCUGGAGAAGAAGGAAAGGGUGAAGCUCGAGAAGGAGAAGAAGAGAGAAUAUAUCAUCAACGGGGCAGUCAAACUUUACAAACCCAGCGAUGACCCGAAUAUUCGAGGAGAUCCGUUCAAAACUCUCUUCGUAUCGCGGCUCAGCUACGAUACUGAAGUCAAGGACUUGGAGAGGGAAUUCGGCAGGUUUGGGCCGAUUGAGCGGAUUCGGCUCGUCCAAGAUACACAUGAAUCCGAGAAGAAAGGCUCGAAAUCUAAGAAGAAGAACCGCGGUUAUGCUUUCAUCGUCUAUGAGAAGGAACGGGAUAUGAAGGGUACAUCUUCCCCAUUUUCUGUUUCACACUCCCGUCAUCCCACAAAUCCCUAUAUCCAAGGUAAUUUCAAAGUAUUUUCGACUAACACACGGCACUCGCGCUUCUCUUAUACAGCCGCAUACAAAGAAACCGAUGGUAUUCGUAUCAAAGACAGACGUGUUUUAGUAGACGUCGAACGCGGCCGUACAGUCUCUGGUUGGCGACCACGCCGAUACGGCGGUGGGCUCGGUGGUCGCGGCUACACCAAGGCGCUCCCUCUCCGACCGGCCGUUGCAGGCGGCUUUGGACCUCCGACCGGACCGGGCGGCUUCCGCGGUGGCAUGGGCGGUUUCCGAGGCGGACGUGGCGGUUUCCGGGGGGGAUUCGACCGAGGUCCCGGUGGACGAGGAGGGUUCGGUGGUGGCGAUCGCGGACCAGGCGGCUACGGCGGCCGUGGAAUUGGAUACGAAGCGAACGGUUUCGGCGGUAGAGGAGCCCCAGAAGGUGCGCCGUCCGGACCGAGAGGACCGCGAAGCGGUGGGUAUGGUGGUGGUGGCCGUGGACCACCCGAUGGACCGAAUGGAUCAGGAUAUGGAGAUCGUGGAGGCGGGGACCGUGGAGGCGGGGAUCGUGGAGGUGGAGGUGGAAGGUAUGACGAUCGCCCACCGUAUGGAGGACGAAGCGGAGGAUUCGGAAGCGGGAGUAAUCGCGAACCCCUCCGACAAGGCAGCGGAUACCGAGACCGGGAUCGCGAAGGUGGGUAUGGACGCGACGACUACAGGAAACGACCCCACGAUGAUGACGGCUACGACGACUCCAGGAGUAAACGGCGAUAUUAAUGAAGAGCGGCGUCGCAAUAUUGAGGGAAGAGGCUUCCGUUUCAAGCUUGUUAGUCUUCUCGUGGCACCGAAGAGCGAAACGGUCGAACUACCAGUCAGUGCCGGUACAGCUCACACGGUUGGUAUCCUCGAGGUAACUCCUUGCGUUCUCUCUCGCCCCAUUCUCGCGAUAGGGUAAGCGG